AAAUCACAUCGAUUUACCAUUGGUUAUUAUUUCAGGAUGUCAGAUCACACGCAACUGCCCGGCGUCACCACGGGGCCUCUGACCACAUUCCACCCGUUUCCCAAGUUACCAUGGGAGCUUCGUUACGACAUCUGGGACCUUGUUAUUCGACCGCUUGACCGCCCUGGAGUCCAUAUCUUCUGCAUAGAAGAGCGGAAACUGGAAGAUUCUGAACCCAAAGAAUGCGACGUGAUCUGCGGCCCAAUCCCUUUGGAAUCUGGCGAUUCCAAUCUUCACAUCAGUGUUCCGGCUGCAACCAUGUCAUCCGGACCUGCUGGUAACGUGUCCACAUAUAUGAUUGAUGGUGGACUUUGGACUGCCUGCAAGGAAUCACGAGCGGUAAUGGAAAGGGUGUUCAGACACCAGAUGUGGGAUCCCAAGAGGAGGGCCUACCCAGAGUACUAUUUGGAUUCCUUUUAUAGGUAUAGGUUCGUUCCUCCACACCUUCGAGCACUACAACACCCUUCUCCAGCUCUCGAAGACCCAUAUAAAGGGUUAGAACACGAAACCGAUUUGAUACCGGCCACGGGGUUCUUUCUAUCGGCACCAGUUUCUUCUUCCUCGCCGUCAUCCGCUCGAACGAACCAAGCAGACCGACCCGAUCAUCGAGUCACAGCCUCCCCACACUAUUUCAGUGUCUUUCCCCAUCAAGAUCUCUUCAUAAUGCGGCCUUCAUCGUGGAAGAUAAAAAACAUGUGGUCUCUGCUCGCAGUUGGCUUCCCCUUUGGCUCGAAGAAAUGGGGAUACUUCGGAUUCGGUGGAAAACAUGGUCUCGCAUUUGAGUACGACCCGCUCUGGGAGCAAGAGCCUGAAGCGACCGAUCAGUAUUCUCGUGAUCAUACAGGAAAGGUUAUCGGUAUUAUCAGUAUCUACGACCGAAUGAUUUCGACCAUCCAACAACUCGUGGACUCCAGAGCGGACACUGUCUGGUUCAUUGAUUAUCGACUCAAGCUCAAGGAGAACACACCAACAGACAAGAGAGAGCCCAUUAAUGACCAAAAGGUGUUCUAUGGGCACGAUGGACGUCGAUAUGUCGAGGUGUAUUCCAAGUACGUCAAGGGAGGUGGCGACCGUCUCCCAUGGUUUUAUACCGAGGGUAUUGAGGGUGAGGACUCGUCUAUCGGCGGAGGGUCUUGCCAUUCUUUCAUCGAAUAUGUUGAACUUAGUGCUUUCAUGAAUAUCUGGAACGAAGAGUCGGAUAACGAAUGGGGUGAUGAAGAAAGGCACGGCCCAGCGUUGGGACUUCUUGCUUGCUUGCGUUAAGCCUAAUUGAAAUACGUCGAUGAUGGAUUGUCAUGAAGUGUCGAGCAGCUCUUGUACUUAGUAGAUCUCAUUGACAUUGGUGUUUGUGGUCUUGCGUUAUCUUGUUGCAACGAAUUUUAUUGUUGGGCUCUCACAUCUACCUAGGUACGCCACGGGCACUCCUUAAAAAAAGAAGGACUAUUGUAGUGGUCUUUGGCGAUGUAUUUGAUGUUGAUAAAUGCACUUAUCAAUCCAUUUUCAACGGCGAUUGGAGCAUGAGAUGAGCACUUGGUGAUGG